CAGCCGCCUCUUCCGGAAGUAUCGUUGCUGUCGGUUUGAAAAUAUAAAUAUUGUCAUGGCGUCGGUAACUUUUCGCGACGGUUUUCUCUGCGUUUCUGCUUUGAUCACCUUCGUGUUCGUGUUUGUUACCGGCGCAGAUUUUGUCCGUUUCGUGUCGUUUCGUGCCAUCAAUCAUAACCUGAGCGGAGCCGCGCCUCUGUGUCGAGACUCUGUUCCCUGGUCUGUGGCUCUGCGUGAUGGGGUGGUUCAGAAGGCAGUGGCUGUGGAUGUUCUCCUUCUGGUCGUCUUUAGCCUUCAGCACAGUCUGCUGGCCUGGACUCCAGUGAAAAGAGUCUGUCAGAGUGUGUUUGGGAUUUUGAGCAGAUCUGUGUAUUGUUUCACCACCGCCGCUGCACUGCAGAUAUUAAUGCAAUAUUGGCGCCCAAUCACCAGCGCCCCCUGCCUGUGGUCAGUGAGCAGUGCACCCUGGGAAAUCUGGUUCCCGCUCAUCUGUUUUAUAGUACACUUUCUAUGCUGGGCCAUAAUCUGCAGCAUCCUGCUUAUCUUUGACUAUCCAGAGCUACUUGGCAUCAAACAGGUGUAUUAUGAGUGUUUGGGUCUGGGUGACCCUCUGCUGCUCAAGUCUGAGCGAGCGCAGCGGCUAUACUCUCACCUCCGUCAUCCGGUGUGUGUGGAGCUGCUGACGGUGCUGUGGCUCCUGCCCUCCUUCCCGCUGGACCGACUCCUGCUGGCCGUGUUCCUGACAGUGUAUCUGAUCUUGGCGCACUCGCUGGACAAACAGGACUGCGCUUACCUGCGGCACCAGCUGCGCAACAAACUCCAGCUCUUCUCCACACCACUAGAGGGCAGUGAGCAGACAAAUGACAACAAUAAACUUGAGUGAACGACGGUAAUGCAGGAGUCAGCAAAUGCUUUUAAGUCAGUAUGCUGUGUUUAAAAGUCAUACGGUGCAUCUGCGAUUGCAUGAUUCUUUACUAUAGUAUGUGAAUAACAAUAAUGCUGCGUCCAAAUUUGCAUACUAUCCAUCCUAAAUAGUAUUCGAAAAAAGAAUUAGCGAGUUCCAAAUCAUAGUAUGUUGAAAUUAUUGCAAAGUUACCUGGAUGGUCAACUAUUUCUGGUACAAAUUCGAAGUUCACAUUUGUGCUAACGCUAACUGCUAAUAUUGUUGCUAAUAAAUUUAUUUUAUACCGUUAAUUUGAUUAGAACUACAAAUGUGGGUAAAAACUGUUAUCAAACUACAAACAUGGCGGACAUGCAAUAUCGAAAGUCAGUGCGUCUGAAAUCUCAUACUUCUCUACUAUAGUGUGUGCAAAACAAUGUUCGCUGUGUCCAAAUUUGCAUACCAUCCAUCCUAAAUAGUAUUCAAAAAUGUAAUUAGC